AUGGAUUUUCCUAAGGAAAGAGGUCAUCAACAACCUGUAUUACCACCAGGCCCAACGCCUUUACCAACACCGCCAGAAUCGCGACAGCCAUCGCUAGAUCUAUCGCCAGAGCUAUCGCCAGAGCUAUCGCCAGAGCUAUCGCUAGAGCCGUCACAAGAGUCGUCGCAAGAGUCGUCGCAAAAACCAUCACAAGUACCGCCGCAAGAACCUUUGACAUCGGCAACGAGGAAGCAACUGCGCGACAGCUAUCGCAUGACCCAGUACAACAAUCAGAAGAAGGCGGAGAGACGCGCCAAGCAGGAGAAGAAAAGACUUGCUGCCUUUCCCUUGUCCUGGGUCCCAGUCGAGAACUGGGACAGGCCUAAAGUUCACCUUCGACAGUGGACUGGGUUUCUUCGAACCUCUAAUGAGGAUACCCAUAGCGACAACGAGCCGCCAAUGUCUAAUAGGCUAAGCAAAAGCAAGUUCGUCGACGCCGAGUUCUUUGAAGACGUAAAGAAAAUACAUGAGCAUGCGUUGGCACCUUUUCGGUAG